GGAGCGGAGCGGGAGGCGGCGCCGGGGGCCGGGGGGCGAAAGGCCGCUCUCCGCAGCCGCCGCCGCCGCCAUGGCGGUGCCGGACACCCAGCUGAAGAAGAUGUUGCUCAAGUAUAAAUACAGAGACCUAACCCUGCGUGAAAUUGUCAGUGUUAUCACUCUCUACAAAGACCUCAAGCCUCUAUUGGAUGCGUACGUUUUUAACGACGGCAAUUCCAGGGAGCUAAUGAGCCUCACGGGAACGAUCCCUGUGCCUUACAGAGGUAACACAUACAACAUCCCCAUCUGCUUGUGGCUUCUGGAUAGUUACCCGUACAAUCCCCCCAUCUGUUUUGUCAAGCCUACCAGUUCAAUGACCAUUAAAACUGGAAAGCACGUGGAUGCCAACGGCAAGAUCUAUCUCCCUUACCUACACGAAUGGAAGCAUCCUCAGUCCGACUUGCUGGGAUUGAUCCAGGUGAUGAUCGUGGUGUUCGGGGAUGAGCCUCCGGUCUUCUCUCGUCCCACGGUUUCGGCCUCGUACCCACCUUACCAGGCAACGGGACCACCAAAUACUUCCUACAUGCCGGGGAUGCCGAGCGGAAUCUCUCCGUAUCCACCGGGACACCCUCCCAACCCGAGCGGCUACCCGGCCUACCCCUACCCACCGGGCCCUCAGUAUCCUGCCACGACCAGCUCUCAGCACUACCCCGCCCAGCCCCCCGGGACCACCGUAGGGCCGGCCAGGGACGGCACCAUCAGCGAGGACACCAUCCGCGCCUCCCUCAUCUCUGCGGUCAGCGACAAGCUCCGGUGGCGGAUGAAGGAGGAGAUGGAUCGGGCCCAGGCGGAGCUCAACGCCCUGAAGCGCACCGAGGAGGACCUGAAGAAAGGCUACCAGAAGCUGGGCGAGAUGGUCACGCGCUUGGACCAGGAAGUGGUCGAAGUCGAUAAGAACAUCGAACUCUUGAAGAAGAAGGACGAGGAACUAAGCUCCGCUCUGGAGAAGAUGGAGAACCAGUCCGAGAACAACGACAUCGACGAAGUCAUCAUCCCCACCGCCCCGCUCUACAAGCAGAUCCUCAACCUCUAUGCGGAGGAGAACGCCAUAGAGGACACCAUCUUCUACCUGGGGGAGGCCCUGAGGCGGGGGGUCAUAGACCUGGACGUCUUCCUCAAGCAUGUGCGUCUGCUGUCCCGCAAACAGUUCCAGCUGAGGGCACUGAUGCAGAAAGCCAGGAAGACCGCAGGGCUCAGCGAUCUCUACUGACGCUGCUCCGACCGGAGGCCCCGGGCUCAUCCAAAGCCGUCUUCUCUGCGCCCCUCUCUCUCGCUCUCUCUCCCUCCUCCCCCUUCUCUGACUCCGACAGUAGGUGCCCGGAAUAAGUUAUUGCACCCCAUCACUCGAGUGUAAAAUAUUUUGAAUCGAUAAUAUAUUUUCUUUUUUCUCUUGGUAAAGACCGGCUUUUAUUAAUGCACUUUCUAUUCCCUGUAAACUCUCGUGCUGACCGUUGGAUCGACGGUGCCGAUUAAAAGAUCUCGUUGCAUACUU